GCUGGAUAUGCUGAUGGUUCUGAUCACUAGCUAUAUGGCUUUUAAACCCCGCCGAGCCGCUACCUCCUCUAGUACUCUUUCGCUGUGAGGUAAAUCGUCCGAAUGCUGAUGCUUAUCUUCGUAGGAUCGUUAUGCUCCACCUGGAAUGCAAACUUGUCUCGAAGAUGAUAUCACGCGACAGCCGCCUCUCGAAGCCCGAGAUGACAACCCUGCCUUGUAUGAAAUCCAAUCUUCCAGGAAUGAUCCUCAGCCGGUGGUGCCUCACAUCAAACACAAACGACGCUUCGAACAGAUUGACGAUGGGGUCUCCGGAUUCAGUGUAGCUCCGCCGAAGCCUGUGUUUUAUAAGAACGAGACCGCGAUGCGUGCUCCACGUAGGUUUCGUCGUCGUCGUGCUACGCGUUUCGCUCUUCGAUGAGGAAACCUUUCCGGUGGACCCAACGGUCGCGAUCAGGAGCGGUGCUUUUACAAUGCUAU